CCCAAGCAGCCGCACCAUCGCCAUGCAGGUCCUCCUGUGGGUCGCCGCCCUCGCCGCCGCGCCGGCACUGGUGUCCGCCGCGCCACAACACCAGGACGCCGCCGCGCCCGCGCCCUCCGCCUACAAGUGCCCCGAGCCCAACGGGGUGUACCCCGACCCCUACCAGUGCGACCUGUACUACAAGUGCACCAAGGGGGUGGCCGAGGAGAAGCUGUGCCCGGACGGCCUGGUGUUCGACGACGAGAAGACGAGCCACGAGCGCUGCGACAUCCCCGCCAACGUCGAGUGUGGCGACCGUCGGGAGCUGCAGGAGCCCAAGAGCACCAAGGAGUGCCCGAGGGCCAACGGCUACUUCCGGCACGCCGACCCCACGGCCUGCGACAAGUUCGUCAACUGCGUGGAGGGCGUGGCGCACGUGCUGCCCUGCCCGCCGGGCCUCAUCUACGACGACGUGCGCGCCACGUGUGCCUGGCCGCACGAGACCAAGCGCGAGUGCGGGGUCGCGAAGCGCGACGCCCUGGAGGACGGCUUCUCGUGCCCCGAGGGCGAGGUGAUGGGCCCCACCGGCAGGCCGCUGCCCCACCCCACCUUCCCGCACGCCGACGACUGCCAGAAGUUCUACAUCUGCAGGAACGGCGUGGUGCCCCAGCCCGGCUCCUGCCCCUACGGCGAGGUCUACAACGAGGAGACCUUCAAGUGCGACGAGCCCAGCAACGUCCAGGGAUGUGAAAAAUGGUACGAGAGUGGUAACGCGAAGCCCCCUCCACCCGCCAGCGAGGUGUAGGGCCCGCGAGGCCCGCGGCGGCCCCGCCAGCCCCGCCAGCCCCGCCCGUCCAACGACUGAAGCACACCGCCACCAUCCCAUGCAUCCACGCAUCCCCAUGACUCAUAGUUAAGUCAAGCUGAGGCGUUUUCAAGCAUUACUGUGAUGUUAACGUAUUUCAUACUGACAACGUAGAAUCUCUAAGCCUGCCUCCACCGGCCCGGUGGAUCCACAUCGCCGGUGCCUCUAGCUCACCUUAGCUAAGCCAAACAUUGUUUUUAUAUACUUUCAAAAUAGUUUAAGAAUUAGUAAGGUCCUAUGUGUGUAAGUUUUUUUUAACGUUAAUAAAUUUUAUUUCUGUUUAA